CAUUCAGUAUCAUAACACAAAAGCAUACGAAACAAAUAUCUCCAUUUCUUCUCUUUCAGAUUAUUGACCAUAUCUGAGUAUGGCUGAAGCAAUUGUUUCGGUUGCCUUGGAGCUGCUGGAUUCAAUUCUACUUCCAACUGCUGGCUUCAUAGGAGAACAGGUGAGGCUAGUGGGAGACGUUGAAGAAGAAGUAGACAAGCUUAAGAACAAUCUUCAAGCCAUUCAAGCUGUGCUACUUGAUGCUGACCAAAAACAAAUGAAGAAUAAAGCUGUGAGAGUUUGGUUGAAUCGGCUCAAAGACGCAUGCUAUGACGUGGAAGAUGUGUUGGAUGAGUGGAAAACUGAAAUGAUGAAACUGAAAAUUGAGGGAGGAUAUGUUCAUAAUGCUCUUGCUCCUAAGAAGAAGGUAUGGUGCCUUUUUCCCUCUCCUUGCUUUGGCUUCAAAGAAGUUGUUUUACGUCAUGAUAUUGCAGUUAGGAUAACAGAGAUAAAUAGAAAGUUAGAUGCUAUUGCGAAAGAAAAAGGUGGUUAUAAUCUUAAUGUCAUUCCAGCUAAUGAGAGACCUGAUUAUCCGCCAAUGCAAACUACUUCUUUUAUUGAUGUAUCUGAUAUAUGUGGUAGAGAUAUUGAGAAGAAUAAUUUAGUACGCAAGUUAUUGUGUGAGAGUAGUGAACAAAGCCUCCAAACCAUCUCACUUGUAGGGAUUGGAGGAAUUGGAAAAACAACUCUUGCUCAAUUUGCCUACAAUAAUGAUGAAGUAAAGAGCCAUUUUAAUUCAAUAAUAUGGGUGUGUGUAUCAAAUCUUUUUGAUGAGUUCAAGAUCGCAAGAGUGAUCAUUGAAGCUCUAAAAGUUCCUACUCCUAAUGUAGAAGAUCUACAAUCUCUUCUUCAAUGUAUUCAUAACUCUAUUGUGGGUAAUAAAUUUCUUCUUAUUUUAGAUGAUGUAUGGAAUGAAGAUCACAAAAAAUGGGAACCGUUCUUUCAUUGUUUGAAGAACGGUCUCCAUGGAAGUAAAAUUUUAAUUACCACACGUAAAGAGUCAGUUGCAUAUAUUAUGAAAUCAAUUGAUAUUAUCAACGUUGAAGGAUUGUCCUUUGAUGAGAAUUGGUUACUAUUUAGGAGCCUAGCUCUUUCUAAAAGACCUACUCAUGAGAGUGAAAAAUUAGAAGAAAUUGGUAGGGAAAUCGUUAAGAAGUGCAAGGGGUUACCUCUUGCUACAAAAACCAUCGGGAGCCUUUUGCAGUUUAAGAGGAAUAGAGAUGAAUGGCAACGUGUCUCAGGUAGUGAGAUGUGGAAAUUAGAGGAGAUUGAAAGUGGUCUUCUAUCCCCUUUGAUGUUGAGUUAUAACGAUUUGCCAUCCUCAAUAAGAAAAUGUUUCUCUUAUUGUUCUAUCUUUCCAAAAGAUUACCGUAUAACAAAAGAUGAAUUAAUUAAAUUAUGGAUAGCACAAGGUUAUUUGGGGAUAGAAAAAGAUACAAAGUUAGAGACAAUAGGCAAAGAGUAUUUUCACCACUUAGCAACACGAUCUUUCUUCCAAGAAUUUUCAUCACAUUUUGGAGAUGCUAUGGGGAGAUGUAAGAUGCAUGAUAUAGUGCAUGACUUUGCGCUAUUUUUAAGUGAUGGUGAAUGUCUUGCUAUAGAAGUCAAUAUUGGUGAUAAUGAUCUAUUUAUAAACUCUUCUAACAAAAAUGUUCGUCAUUUAAUGUUAAAGGUUAAUAAAGAGGUUCCAUUUCCCAUGUCCAUUUGUAGCGUCAAAAGUCUACGUAGUCUUGUGAUUGAGUAUGUCCAUUCAUUGUCAAGUGAUGUUUUUCCAAAGUUAUGUGAAUUAACAUGUUUAAGGACAUUGAAGUUCACCACUUAUUUUUUUGAUCAAGAAGUUAUGGAGAUUCCAAAAGAGAUAGAAAAAUUAAGACAUUUGAGAUAUCUUGAUUUUAAUCGGCAAUUUAUCACAAGAUUACCUGAAAAUUUGUGUGAAUUAUGUAAUUUGCACACUUUAGAUAUUACUGAGAGUAUGGUAACUGAAUUACCUGGUGGGAUAGAAAAAUUAGUAAAUUUGAGGUGUUUAAAAAAUAUGACAAGGUCGUUGCUUUACAUACCAAAGGGGAUUGAAAAAUUAACAGGUCUCCAAACAUUAUCGGAAUUCGUUAUAAGUGGUGGUAAUGAUUAUGAUAGCAGAGCAUGUAGUCUUGAAGGAAUUAAAAAUUUGAAUAAUCUUGAAGGGAGCCUGAGAAUAAGAGGGUUGGGAAAUGUUACAAAUGUGGGUGAAGGUAAAAUGAAAGAAGCACUCAAAAAUAAGAAAAACCUUACUGGUCUGGGUCUGCAAUUCGAUAAGGGAACGAAAAGUUUGAGAAGGAAUCAUGUCUCUUGGAAAACUUUUGAAGAAGGGGAAUCGUGUGAGGAUUAUGAAGUAGUCCUUGAAGCUUUACAACCACCUCCAGAAUUAGAGCGGUUGUCGAUUUAUUUAUACGCAGGCAGAACUUUCCCCUCCACAUGGAAGACGUCAUUAACCAAGCUGAAGAGUUUAUGCAUUACGUCUUGCCCAAACUGUAAGAAUUUGCAUCCUUUGAGAGAAUUGUCAUCCCUCGAAGAAAUAUCUAUAUAUUGGAUGGAAAGUGUGAAAAAAAUGGAUAAUGAAUUUUGGGGGAUUGAAAGUGGAGCCUCUUCAUCAUCUUCAUCCUCUGCUUUCUUCCCCAAAUUGAAACAACUCAAAUUUUGGGGAUUAGACGAAUGGGAAGAGUGGACUUACGAGAAUACAAAGAAGGGAGAAGAAGAAGAACAUAUUAGAUUCAUGCCAUGUCUUGCUACCUUGCAUAUCAGUUCCUGCUACAGAUUAAAGGCACUGCCAGAUAGCCUUCUUCAGAGGACAACACUUAAGAAAUUGAUGAUUUGGGGAUGUCGUAUUCUAAAAGAACGAUACAAAGAAGGAACAGGAGAAGAAUGGUUCAAGAUCUCUCACAUCCCUACCAUAGAAAAUUGGUAUUGAAUGGGUCAAAGGGAAGCAAUAAACAUCAACCCACUAGCCACAGGCUUGGAAAAAAUUGACCCAAAUCUGGUAUUCACAGAUGCAAUGACUUUUCCGGUGCUACUCAUGUCUGAUAUUAGAAACCAGAGGCACAAAUUUAUUAGUCCAACAGGCUUAAAAGACGGGACAGCACACAAUGUGGCCAGCUGGAGAACAGAAGAAGAUUUACAAUAAUUUUUUCCAUUUCUAUUACCUCUUAAAGCUCUGGUUCGAAUUUCUUCUAUAGCUCUCUGUUUCA